AUGAUCGAAAACGACUCUCAUAUCGAGGUUGUCCAGAAGCCCAUCUUUGACCAUUCAACAAGCAAGGGCAUUUACAAUAUGACGAUUUCUGAGCCAGGAAUUUCGAAUGAUAACUUCCACUUCGUCAGGACCUCGUAUUCUGCAAAACUCGGCCCUCAGGAAGUCGAAAUUCAGACCCUCAGCGCGGCCUUGCAUCUCUCUGAUCUCCACACCGCCAUGGGCCGGAAUGAUGAUGACAUCCUGGGUAUCGAUGUUAUGGGGAUCGUCAGCAAAGUCGGCUGCGAUGUGAGGGACAUUCGCUGCGGAGAACAGGUCGUGGCCCUUGUCCCCGGCGCUUUCAAGACGGUUCACCGAGUCGACCAGGGUUUUGUCAAGCCCGCGCCGCCGCCCUUCGAAUGCUGCCAGUACACUCCAAGUACUCUCAUUGCUGCGUUUUAUGCAAUCUUGGGCGUCGGCAGACUAUCAAAAAAGAAGACGUUGCUGGUCCACGCUGGUGCAAGCUCUUACGGUCAAGCUGCAAUUCGCAUUGCCACCCUGAUCGGUGCCGAGGUUUUUGCGACGGUCCUGGGAAGCGACUCUGAGGCCCAGCGUGCAACUCUCGUCAAAGCUCACUCCAUUCCAGAGGAUCACAUCUUCGACGCUAACGGAGAGUCUUUCGUCGCUGAUGUUCUCCGAUUCGGAAAGGUCAACAUCGUCUACAACCCCACCCAGGAACACACUGCCGUCAAUUUCAAAUGUGUCAAGUCAUCCGGCUGCAUUUUCCAGCUCUCCUACAAAACGGGCCAGCCUGUCAGAGGUCCUGUUGCUACUUCCAUAAUGUUCAUGCGUUUCGACGUUGCCACCAUGAUGAAGGAUGACCCUGACCUCAUCAAAGAGUUCUUCACCAUGGUAGAUCGCUUUGCCUUUGACUACUUGCGCAAGAGCUCGAGCCUCCAGUGCCAGCCGGUCCACCGAUUCCCCAUAUCCAACCUUGAAGGAGCUUUCAAGCAGAUCGACAAAGACCCUUACCACGGACUUGUCACCAUGACGGCCGACCGCGAUACCCUCGUCUCUGUGGUCACAGAGACGCAAAUUAAGCCGCUUGCCGAUGUCAUCGACCCGAAAGGCACCUAUGUUCUCGCUGGUGGUCUGGGAGGCUUAGGAAGGAGCAUAGCGAAGCUACUUGCCGACAAAGGUGCGAGGAAGCUGGUGUUCUUGUCAAGAUCUGGCGGCAAUCAGGUUGCCCAGGAUUUCCUUCAUCAUCUCAGCAAGUCAGGCGUCCGAGCCACAGCAGUCGCGGUAGACAUCACAGAUCUCCAGGCACUCAAGACACUCGCCCCGACUCUUGGCAAGAUCUCUGGCGUUGUCCAGUGCGCUGCGGUCAUUCAAGAUGCUCUAUUCGAGAAGAUGAGCUUUGAAGACUGGCACACCGCCUUCGCUCCCAAGGCAGUCGGAGCCAUCAACCUCGUAGACGUCUUCGGCCGAAACCCCGAGCCCGGCCACAUGACCCAGGCUGCCGUCCCCUGGUUCCUCUUCCUCUCGAGUGCCUCGGGGAUAAUCGGCAACCGGGGUCAAGCCAACUACGCGGCGGCCAACGCCGUUCAAGACGCCCUCGCCCAGGCUCUCCCUCGCGCCGUCUCUCUGGCUCUCGGUCCGGUCCUCCAGGCCGGGAUGCUGGUGGAGGACGAGGAGACUCUGGGGAAGCUCCGCGGUGCUGGGUUCUACGGAAUCCGGCACCAGGAUUUCCUGACGAUGGUGGAACGGGCCAUCACGGGGGAGGUCACCCCUGGCGUCGAGACGAAUCCGCAAAUCGUCUCGGGCGUCGGCACCGGUGGCCUCAUUCGCCAAAACGACCCCGGCGACCCCUUUUGGUCGCGCACGGCGCUCUAUUCGCAUUUGAAUAUGGUCGACGUGCCGAUCUACUCUCCGGAGGAGGAUCGUGAUGAUGGCGGCGUCUCCAGCGACGAAGCUGACGUCAAGAAGAUGCUCGCCGUGUGCUCCGGGGCGGAGGAGGCCGCGGUCAUCAUCUGCACCGGCCUGGUGCAGUUGAUGGCCAAGGCCAUGUCCCUCCUCCCGGAGGAGAUUGAUCCGGAGCGGGCGCCCAGCGCGUACGGCAUUUUCCGCAACGCCGGGGGAGUCGAUGUCUCCGUUUUCGAGAUCCUCGGGGAGACGUCCGUUCGGGGCCUAGCUGGUGUCGUUGCCAGCAAGGGGAAGUGGUGA